AUGAAUCUUUUCGAAGAAAAUGAAGCGCACGAAGUGGGGUUCCAACCAGAUGGCGGCCUCCAGCAUGAUAGCGGCUUCCACCUUGACGGUUGCUUCCAACCAGAUGGCGGCCUCCAGCAUGAUAGCGGCCUCCACCUUCACAGUGGCUUCCACCCUGAUGGCGACCUGCUUGUAGAUAUCCCCAACCACGAGCAAGCGGCAUUUCCCCCCAAUAGCAUGAGCAGCCAUAAUUUGAAGAACGAACGUCAACUGAACGAUUCCGACUUGUUCCUAACAUUGAAUAACAAUUUUGCACCCAGCAACAACUGCAUUUCGCAGGAACCCAUUUUGAAAGAAGGCGAAGAGAGUGCCCAUCCGUGGAAGAAGUACCCGGGUCCCACUUCACAGGACCUGGUACUUUGCUAUAAGGCGAAGGACCAUCAAGGAGAAAAGAAUUAUUUCUACCCUUUGCACAGUGAAAACGAAGCAACCUCCAUCGAAAUGACGUACGAUGGAUUUUUAAAUGACAAUAACUACAGCAAGUCUAGGAGUAUGUCCCUGAAUUUUACGGACCACUCGGAUGACGGCGGUGGGAGUUCUGCUCCCCCGGGGGGAAAAGCAAACGACGACGCGGGUGGCCAUGUGAAUGGAGAGGUUAGCAUGGAUAGCGGGAAAGGGAAAAGUACCGAUGAGCAGGAGGGCGACGCGAAGGUGAAUAUAGCUGAUGAGGCGAGUAAAAAUGGAGAAGCGAGUGAACAUGUCGAAGUUAGUAAAAACGGCAAGGCCCCCCGCGAUGGAGAGGGAGACAGCGAAGGGGGAAACGGGGGAGGCAGUGACAGUGGGGAGGCAAAAGAGGGUAAUGCCGGUGAGGGGGAAAAGGUUGAUGAGCACAAGGGCGCAACGAACGACGGUGGGGAGGUGGAUGGCCGAGGUGAUAACCCCCAGGCGAACGAAGAAGGGGAAAAAAAUGGCGAUGAGGAGGAAGUCCCCCCAGUGGAGGAGGUCACCCCAAUGGAGGAAGUCAUCCCAGUUGAGGAAUCCACCCCAAUGGAGGAAGCCCCUCCUGUGGAGGCCCCCCCCGCGGCGGACCUCCAGAGUGAAAUAGCAAAGCUGAAGGAGGACAUAAAAAAUAUGAAGAAGGAGAAAAUACACCUGCUGGCCAAAUUUAAGGCGUACACGUUGAACAACAAAAGGGAGAUCGAGCGGCUGGAGGGGGAGUGCAAAGGAAGGGCGGACGAAGUUAGAGCGCUGGAGGGGGAGUGCAGAGGGAAGGAGCGUCAAAUAGAACAGAUUAGCGGCGAGGUGGCCCAGCUUAAGGACGAACUAGCGCAGAUUAGCGGCGAACUGGCGCUUCUUAAGGACGAACGAGAAGGCCACCAAGGGGAGAUCAAACAGAAGGAGGAGGAACUGGAGGAGCUGAGGAGCAGGUGCAGCGCCUCCGCCGCUCAGCUGCAGGAGGCGAACAUGUUGAGGAGACAAAACGACAGCCUAAAGGCCCAGUUAGAAGAAGAACACUCAAAAAUGGAGAAGCUCCAAAGUAGCGUUGGCCAACAGGGCGCGGAAGGGAACAAAUUAAAGCUGCACCUCCGGGAUGAAGAUGUGUUGUUUCUCUUUUCCACUGAGUCGAGUCGUCUCGUCUGUUUCGCCAAGAAUGGAGAGCAUCACAUCGUAGAAGAGGAGUCGUUCAGGCAGAGUUACCCCUCUGUGAAGGUGCCGCCGUCUGUGCAGGAGGAGCACCUGAGCGAGUUAAGGGCGCAUGAAAGGGAGGAGGCUCUGCGGGUGGAGAAAAUUGCGGAGGGGGGGAAGCUCAUGGAAGCGGAGAAGAAGCUACUCGAAGAGGAGAAGUCCCGCGUCGACGCGGAGAAGAAGCUGAUGCAGGAGGAGAUGACCCGCAUCGAAGGGGAGAAGAAGCUGCUGGAGGGGGAGAUGACCCGCAUCGAAGCGGAGAAGAAGCUGCUGGAGGAGGAAUUCCUCGCGUACAAGCAAAAGGUGAGCGCCCUGAUCAGCGAGACAAACGAAAAUUGGAAAAACGUAGAAGAGAAAAAUGAGACCAUCCAAAGGAUGAGCAACUCCCUCUUGAAAUACGAGCAAGACAUUGAGACAUACCAAAAUGAAGUGUCCACCCUGACGGGGAAGUGCAAGGCGCUGGAGGGACAAAUCUGUAGAGAAAAGAAUUUGAGGGAGCAACAGAGCGGCGUGGUGGCUGAGCUGAAGAAGCAGAUGCAGAAGGAGAAGGCGGAAAUAAAGAGGAGGUGCAGGGAGCAAUUUGAUGAGGAGUGUCAGCAGAAGGUUAACGAGGUGAAGGCCGUGUUCAGUGAGAAGGAGGCGCUGCUGCAGAGCAAGAUCCAGUUGCUCCUCCGCCAGGUGGAUCGGAUGGCCUUCUCCAGCGAGGGGAAGUCGCAGGCGAAGCAGGCAGAGGGGGAAGGGUGGUCAGAGCGGUCGGAGCAGUGGAUGUCGGCAGAGCAGACGUCGCCGCCGGCAGAGCAGUUGACCCCGCCGGAGAAGUGGACCCCACCAGGCCAACCGCUCCCCCCCCUGGGGCAUGCUGCGGGCGACCCGAGCCCCCCCGCCACUGGAGAGAAAGGGCGAAGCGGAGGCUCCCAGGAGAAGAGGGACUCCCAAGAACCGCCUCGCUCAGAGGUCGGCAGCGAGGGAAACGUCGACUGUGUUCUCCCCAAGAGCAACAAAACGGAAGGUUUCUUCCCCCACCUGAACCCCGCCAAUCAUUGUGAGAAGGACAAAUAUGAUGACGGUACUAAGAUACCUAUCUACCCAAACGAAUAUAAAAAAAUUAGGAAAAAACUAGAUACAUACGAGCUAGUCAUUAGCGAAGAAAAGAAAGAAAAAAAAAAUUUACUAGAGCACAUCAACGUGUUGACUAGCCAAAUAAAGGUCUAUGAAUCCAUUAGUGGGAACCACGAACAGGUGUUGUACCAGAAGAACAUCUUGCAAAACUUCAUCGCCCAGAUUCCUGCAAACACCAAAAUUGAUGACUACGUUUCGGUUAUUUACAACACUUUUAACUUUUCUCCGCAGGAGAUCGAGCAGAUAAAUGCCAAGCGGGCGAAGCGGUGAUGUGCCUAAUUGGCGGCACUCUUUUCUUGACCGUUUUGCUGCUCACCUUGGGGGUUCACCCCCAUCACUCAGCAUGUGGUUUGCACGCCCCUUUUUUUCGUGAUCCUUUUGAACGUUUUUUUUUGUCUGCGCGUUUGUUUGGAGGGAUGCAGGCAUGGAUGCACGCGUGUGUUUGCGUGUUUGCACCUUUUGCAUCUCUUUGGUGGCGUACCUCGGUAUGCUGUGCCUGUGUUGUUGCCCUUUUUGCCUCCUCCCCAGGGGGGAGAAACACCUGGUCUGCUUUCUCUAACGUGUGCACCGCGCG